UAGCAAUCAUUCAUUCCUUGGGCCAGCGUUCAUAGGUGGCCAGUCGCUAUCUUGUUCCUCCCCGUCGUAGUCAUGGCGGCAGGCGGUAGACGACCACGAGGGGGGCAGCUCCCUCCAUUCGAGUCAGUGCCUGCGCACAAGCAAGCAGAUCUGAGGCGAACACAUGUGGUGUGGGAGUGGGCGGAAAGGGGGCAGGAGUGGGGGUUGGCGGGCGGAGGCAACUUCCUUCUGCGUUGCCGACUGUGUGGGGAGGUAUUCAUGGGUUCGAGGUCCAGAGCAGUGGAGCACUUCACGAAACCGAAGGCACACUGCCCCCGACGGAAUGGGGAGAUUUUGUAUAUACUGCAAGCGGCUGGUGCUUUGUUGAGGGAUGCAUUGUCACUCAGACUAGCUGCUAAGCACGCAGACAGAAUGGAUGGACAGUUUGCCGCCGAGGACCUGCGUGAGUUGGACGAGCCAUGUGACCCGGUGCCGGAUCGUGCAGGAGGAGUUGGGGACGGUGAUUGUGGUAAGGGUGGUACACGGCAGGGGCAGGAUGCCGGGACUGUGAGAGAUGAGUUGCGGGGCGUUGAAGGUGCAGGAGAUGGUGGAGGGGAUGGAGGGGGGGCGCGGGUUACUGGCACGACGGCCACCACCUCCACACAGGUGGUGACGAGGAGGAGACAGACGACCCUAGAUGUUCAUCUAGGGAACAAGGUCCAACAGGAUCUUGAUCGUCUGUUGGCCCUUGCUAUCUAUCGACGACGCACGUUGCUGACAGACGGGGCUACUGACAUGACCAACAAGCCCAUCAUGAACUUCAUAGUAGCAGGACAGUCCAGACCCAUCCUCAUCCGGACCAUCGACAUGUCACAUCGGGAGAAGACGGGAGUCGACCUGGCAGAGAUAUGGGAGGAAGUCGUCAGAGAUGACAUUGGCAUUUACAAUGUGAAUGCCAUCUGCACCGACAACGCAGAAGUGAUGAAGACAGCAGUCGGCAUCUUGCAGUCACACCCCGACCCAACUAUUCGUCGCAUAUCUUGGAUCUUGUGUGCAACACAUUGCUUGAGCUUGCUAUUGAGGGACAUUGCGGUGCAGCCUUGGGCGGCCACUGUCAUGAGGAAGGCGCACAAGAUAGUCAAGUUCAUGCGCAACAAACAGCGAGCCCUAGCACUUCACAAGGCCAUGAAGAGCGGGCUAGUACUGACGCGACCAACGGAGACGCGUUUUGGGACGGUGUUCAUGAUGCUGGAGAGGCUAUAUGAGCAGAGGGGUAUGUUAGACAAGCUCGUGUCAGGGGAGUUGUGGGCGCAGGUGCAGUGGACUGGGGAUGCAAGGAGGGAUGAGCCCGAGGUUCCUCAGGGAUAUGGACAGGGAUGGGUCAUCACCCACAUGAUUGUGGGAUUGGAGAGCAUAUUGCGGGGGAGGGUCAAGGCUCUAGGACUGAUGGAGGAUGAGAGGAGGGCGGUCAUGGAUAUCAUAUCCGACAGAUGCAGGAUGAUGCGUCAGCCUGCCCAUGCGGCUGCGUAUCUGUUGGAUCCUCGCCGUCAUGAUAUCUCAUUGCUGGCGGACCGCAGUAGCUCCCUCGUGCAGAGCGCGCUAGACCACUUGGCUCGCUUUCAGGGUGUGGGUUGGGAGUCUGAUUCUGUGCAUAAGCUUUGGCAGGCAUUGUGGACUUUCCAUUGCGAGGACCCUCGCUAUUGGCCGAAGAGUGGAGCGCACUGGUGGGACGAGUAUGCGGUGAAGGAUGCGGCGGAGGGGGGGAUGCAUGCAGCGAUGUGGUGGGAGCUUCACGGUGGCCAGGAGCUGAGACUGCAGACGAUUGCGAAGAGGUUUUUGGGUAUGUGGUCCACGGUGGAGGACCCUGCGGAGGAGAUCGAAGGUGACGACAGUGUCCCCGCAGUGGUGUUAGAGGAGGAGUGGGAGGAGAUCGACAGGAGGAACAGGAGGAAGGAGGGGCGUAAUCGAUUUGGGAAGGGGAAGGCACCGAUGGAGGAUGAGGAUGAGGAUGAGGAGGGUGAUGAGGCCCUUUGGCAGGAUGCGGUGUGGAUGCACAGAGAGAUGAUGGAGGCGCAGCAGGAGCAGAGAGACCCAGGUCGUACGUUGCCAGAGGACCAGCAUGAAUUAUUGGACGCGUGGAGUGGAGCGGACCCUCACACCGAUUUCGACGCAUACAUCGGGCAAAGUGUGGAUACCGUGAGGAGUCUACCGAGGAGGGUUGGGGGUCGGGUAGAUUUGGAGGAGCUUCUGACUAGGGAUAGCAAGGCAGGCGGCAUAGAGGUAGGGCAGGAGGAGGAGAGAAGUCAGCACGUUCCACAUUCGUCGACUGACGGAGAGGGAGGUCAUACUGGGGGUGUUUCAGUUGAUGCACGUACGUCGGCUCCUGCAGCACCCCAUCACGCUGGUGAGAGGAUUCUGCGAGGGGCAGAGGAGGAGAUGAUUGGGAGGGAGGGUCGUCAUGCGGAUGACAGGCCGGAGGACACACACCAGGUGCGCCAGGUCGCUGACCAGGUUACACAUCGAGGCGGCGGUUCACAGAGCAUCACUCACUCAGUUGUCCAGAGGGUCGUGCUACGUGGUGGGGAUGGUGAUGGACAGGUGGCGGGCGGAGGUGGAGAGCGUAGGGUCAGUGACAUCAUUCGUCCUACAGUGGUUCAGACCUCGGAGCAGAGCAUUGGUUGUGCUUCCUCAGCGCACGUCAGCCAAAGGGUGGAUGACAGGGCGGACCCAUUACCAGCGUCUGUCGCAGAGCUUGGUGUGGAGCAGAGGGUGGAGCAGAGGGUAGAUGGGAUGGUGCAAGACAGGGCGGAGCAGAGGGCUGACCAGAGGAUUGAACACCGGAGAGAGCAGAGGAAUGGACACAGCUUGGAGGUUCAGGUCGACGUUACCAUGGACGAGAGCGUAGUUCGAUGGACUGAGGACAGGGCCAGCGAGAGGAGGGGUGUGGCAUCUACACGCGAGAGUAUGAUCCAGAGUGAGGAUGCUCAGGUUGCUACAGAGGGGGGGGGGGAAGAGGGAGAGUGAAUUAGACUACCGACUGCCUCAUUCUAUGGGAUUCGGCCCAUGCCCACACGUGCCACCUCAUCACCCGAUGCAGCAGGCGUU